CCAUGCGCCCCAGCCCGUGGCUGACGCUGGCAGCCCUCACCUCCUGCGCAGCUCUCUCGCUCUCGCCCUCGUGCGCGCUGCCUCGCAGGCCGGCGGUCUCGCGCUCGCCGCCGCCCGGCAUGAUCAACAAGAAGCAGGCGGAGCUGGCCGCCAUGCUCGAGCGGGCGCGAGCGGCACGCGAGGGCGGGCUCAGCGAGGCGACCGCCCCGCCGCCACCGCCCAAGCGGCCAAAGCCCCCACCCGCGGCAAAAAAAACGGCCGUCACCCGGGACGACAUCUUUGCCGCCUUCAAGCGGUCGAAUCAGCCGUCCACAAAGCCCGCGCGGCCGUCGGCGCCCAAGGCACACCCGCGGCCGGCGGCGCCGAGCGGCCCAUCCCUCGAGGAGGAGUACGCCGCCUUCGACGCCAUGGUUGCCGGAUCGCGCACAGGCCGGCAGGGCCGGGCGCUGUCAUCGGAGCUCCUCACCUCGGGUGAGCCGCUGCCCACGCCAGCCAAGCUGUCUGCGCUGGCUGGCCACCCCACGUCCUUCGACUCGCUCGCCGCGCUCGCCGCCGGCCGCUCCUACCUCGUCCUCCUCGCCUCGUCCGAGCCCAUCAUGUCCAACGCCCUCCGCUCGGACCUCGUCGCGUUUGCGUCUCGCUUCCCCGGCGCGAAGCUCGACGCGGCGGUGGCGGCCGUUUCGCGCGUCGCGCCGGCAACCUACCGCAAGCUCGAGCGCAAGGGCGGCGUCUCCUUCCCGCUUCUCAGCGACCCGGACUCGGCCUGGCUCUCGCAGCUCAACGUCGACCGGAACGGAGGCCCGUGCGGCUACCUCCUCGACGUGGCGCGCGGCGGCGUGCUGCUCGCCUCCUUUGGGCCAGCCGACCCGGCGCCGCUGCUCGACCGGGUCACCGCCGCGGUCGAGGCGCGGGCAAAGGGAUCCGCCUCACCCACCGACGCGGCAGCUCCGGCACCGCCCGCCCCAAGCACCGCCGCCGAGGCGGAGGCGGCGCGCAGCGAGAGGCGCGCGGCGGAGCUGUUUGGCGCGCUGCCCACCGCGGCUCCGCCGCCGCCGUCGGCGGGUCCGGCGGAUGCGGGUGCGGAUCUCGAGGCGCUCCGGCGCGAGAACGAGGAGCUCAAGGCGCUGCAGGCCCUGCAGCGGGAGAACGAGCAGCUCAAGGCGGCGCUGGAGGCGUCGCGCGCCGACGAGGCGGCGGCGGCGCAGAGGGAGGAGGCGGCGGCGGCGGCGCAACAGAGGGAGGCGGCGGCGGCGGCGCAGAAGGCGGCCGACGACGCCGCGAACGCCAAGGCGGCAAUGGCACUCGCCGAGGCGAAGGCGCGCGCCGCGCCCAAGCAGAAGAUGCCGAAGCAGAAGAAGCAGGCAAAGAAGGCGGGCGGCCCGGCAGACUCGAGGCCGCGUGCGGCCGAUGACACGAGGCCCCGCGCGGGCGCAGCCGGCGCUGACGCGGCUGGCGCUGACGCGACCCUCCGGAAGCAGCUGGAGGCGGCGGAGACGGCGCGGCGGGCAGCCGAGGCGCGCGCAGAGGAGGAGCGGGCGGCGGCCGCUUCCGCCGUGGCGGCGGCCGACGCGGCGGCGGCAGCAGCCCGCGAGGCGGCAGCGUUGGCGGCGUCGGAGGCGGCGGCACGCGCGCAGGCUGAGGCGGCGGCGGAAGCGGCCGCUCAGGAGGUCGCCGCACAGGCGGCCGCCGCCGCAGCGGUGGGUGGGAGCGAGGAGGGGGCGGGGGAGGAGGAGGAGAGCGGAGGAAGGCGAGGCGCUCCGCACGCAGGGGACGCGCUGCCCGGCCUCGACCUGAGCGGGCUUAGCCUUGUGACCGGGCUUAGCCUUGUGGGCGGCGGCGAUUCGCAGGCCGCCCCGCGCGACCUGCUCGAGGCCGCGGCGGGCAGGAGCGCCGUCCUCUUCCUGUGCGGCGCGGCGGAUUCGAAGGGGACGCUGCCGCAGGCGGCGCGGCUGUGGGACAGCCGGCUGGGCGGGCUAGCCGCCGAGGCGAACGCGAGCCUGGCCUCCGUCUCGGUCGGCGAGGCGGCCGCCAUCUACGUCGCGGCUCUGCGCGCCGCGGCGGCCGCCGCUCCGAGCUCGGCGGUGCUCAGCGACGCGGGAGGAGGCUUGCUUCGCUCGCUCGGGGUGCCGGAGCUGCGGCCGGGUAGCCUCUACGUCUUUCUGCUCUCGGCGACGGAGCCGGGCCGGCUCCUCGGCUCGUUCGGCGCCACCGAGGCGGAGCGCGCGUGCGAGACGGCGCGCGAGAUGCUGCGGCGGCGAAAGGCGCAGCUGGCGGCAGAGAGGCGUGCCGUGGAGGAGGCCGCUGCCGCCGAGGAGGCCGCCGCAGCCGCGGCCGCCGAGUCGGCUGCGUCGCUUGUGACGCCCACGUUUGUGCCAAGGAUUGCGUCGGAGGACGACGCCGCCGCGUGGGAGUCGCUCGUCGGGGUGGGCGGCUCUGGCGGCGGUCGGGCAGGCGCCUCGAAGGGGGCGGUCGCACUUCGCCGGGGCCCGCGCCCGCGGGUGUCGGAGAGGCGCCCCGGGAGCAGCAGCCGCGAGGGGGUGCGCGAGGGGGGAUCCGCCACCGCUGCCGGCCCGCCGGCGGACCGCUCGCGGACGCCGUACAAGAUGGUGUACUUGCCUGGCGUCCUCGCGCUGAUUGGCAUGCUGAGGGCGAGCGACGGCGUGGUCGCCGUCACCACGUCGCGAGUGCGUUCGCUCGAGUACACGCCGGCUGCCAGCGUCGAGGAGGGGGCGCCACUGACAGUGGCCUUUGCCGGCUUUGGACGCCGCUCCUCCGUCCGGCUGCUCGCGCGCGGAGGCACCGGCUGGCGCGACAAGACCCAGCAGCUAUUCAUUGAGACGCGGCGCGACAUGCCGCUCUCCGCGCUCCGCGAGGUGUUGCGCGGGCUCGCCUUGGCGCGCGGGUUUGAGCUCGUCUUUGCGAGCAGCAUCUGCGCCUCGGACGGGGCAGGGUCGACCCGCGCCGGCGCAGACGCGGCUGCCGAGGAGCAGGCCGCGGCCGUUCGACGGUUGGAGGCCGCCGGCGCCACCGAUGGCAACACCGAUGAUGCGGCUUGGCUGUGGGAGGACGACGGGCUGUAG